AUGGCAGAGAUUCUAGCAAAGCUAGCGCCGCAUUAUCCCGGUAACAUUCACGCUCUGCUCGGCGUGGCCCACGACGCUCCCCUGGAGCGGGCCUAUCGCCGCAAAGGACUCGAAUUCCACCCAGACAAAAACCCGGGUAACGCUGCCAAUGCAACUGUGCGCUUCCAGCAGUUACAGGCAGCCUACGAGAUGAUCUGCCGCAAUAAGGAGGCCGGUGGGGAACCAGAAGCAAACUGGUUCACACCGCCUCUGUCUUACUUGCCGCGCCAGGACUGGGCAGGGAGGGAGGGAAGCAGGGAGGGAGGCUGGGCGCUACUUACCCUGGGAGGUCGUGGGAAGAUGGGGGAGUGUGGGCAUGACGUCACGAACCACUCCUCGGGGUCGGCUGGUACCCCGCCGCCUGUGGGUCAGGAAGCUGAGGUAAAGGCAAAUGCUUCUUGGCAGGGAGAGGUGCGGGGGGAGCAGCGGGGUUGUGAGGGUGUGAGGGUGCUGGUGGUGGUGGAGGGAGGAGGGAAGUGUGAGGGCAAUGUUGGAGAGAUGAGCUGGGGGAGUGUGAGGGAGGUGCAGCCCCUUAACUUCCUCUACAGCACCCAAGAGGCGUGUUCCCGAUUCCUACCUCCCCGGAUGUUCUUGUAA